AGAUUACUGGGUUACUAUGCACUUGCGACUGAUUUCUUGGUUUUUUAUCAUUUUGAACUUUAUGGAAUACAUCGGCAGCCAAAACGCCUCCCGGGGAAGGCGCCAGCGAAGAAUGCAUCCUAACGUCAGUCAAGGCUGCCAAGGAGGCUGUGCAACAUGUUCAGAUUACAACGGAUGUUUGUCAUGUAAGCCCAGACUAUUUUUUGUUCUGGAAAGAAUUGGCAUGAAGCAGAUAGGAGUGUGCCUCUCUUCAUGUCCAAGUGGAUAUUAUGGAACUCGAUAUCCAGAUAUAAAUAAGUGUACAAAAUGCAAAGCUGACUGUGAUACUUGUUUCAACAAAAACUUCUGCACAAAGUGUAAAAAUGGGUUUUAUUUACACCGUGGAAAGUGCCUUGACAAUUGUCCUGAAGGGUUGGAAGCCAACAACCAUACCAUGGAGUGCAUCAGUAUUGUGCACUGUGAGACCAAUGAAUGGAGUUCUUGGAGUCCAUGCAUGAAGAAAGGAAAAACAUGUGGCUUCAAAAGAGGGACUGAAACACGGGUGCGAGAAAUAAUACAACAUCCUUCAGCCAAGGGUAACCUGUGCCCCUCCACCACUGAAACAAGAAAAUGUACAGUGCAAAGAAAGAAGUGUCAGAAGGGAGAAAGAGGAAAAAAAGGAAGAGAGAGGAAAAGAAAAAAACUUAAUAAAGAAGAGAGUAAGGAUCCAAUUCCUGAUAACAAAGGUUUGGAGACCAUCAGAGAGGCUCCAGAACAACGAGAAAACAAGGACAAACAGCAGCAAAAGAAAAGAAAAAUUCAAGAUAAACAACAAAAAUCGGUAUCAGUCAGCACUGUGCACUAAAGGGUCCGUGAGAUUGUUCUAGACUCACGAUGCUGCUAACUCAACCAGAUGCCCAGGACAGGUGCUCUAGCCAUUAGGACCAGAAAUGGACAACGUGUCAGUUACUGCUCAGUCUAAACAACAUUCCAAAUAGUUGCUAUAUUCUUCAUAAAAGCAUAGUUAACAACAAAGAGCCCAGAAUUCAAAGAAGGGAUGCUUUUGAAUUAUUAUUGAGCUUCUGUGCAUUUUUAAGAGACAAGAACUUUUGUACAUAAUUAUCAGUAGGCUAUAAGAUAUAACAGCAUAAUGAUGACAUCUGGAGAAGAAGUAUCUUUUCCCUAUUAGAAUUUUUUUCAAGCUAUUGUUUUAAGAAGCAAAAGAUAGUUCUGCAAGUUCAAUAUCCCUUCAAAACUAAUAGGAAGUCAUGAAAAAGACGUAAUUGAAAUGACAGUGUUGUCUUGUUUAGGACAUCUAGAAAAUGCUCAGAUGUUAGGGCCUGGCACUUGGAAUCAUAGAAAUUAUCACAGAAACAACUGUUUUAAAAUUUGUUCUAUUGCUCACAUCCUUUCCUUCUGCAAGAAGCAUGGGAGAACAUACCAGAGUAAAACAUGCUUAUAGGAUUGGAGAAAAGCAAAGUGUGGAAGAAGAG